AUGAAUGAUGCAGAAGUAUCCAGUGAGAAUAAGCUGAAGCUUCCCUUCAUUGAACAGCAUUUAUCGAAUCUCAAAAAGAGGGAAUUGUGCAAUCUCUUCCUCUCUACUUUUCCUUCAUUUCCUCUAUUUCAGCGAAAAGUGAGAGCUUGCCAAGUGAGCAUAAUUACUUCACUGUUCAAUUAUUCUGUUUCCUUCUCCACUUCUUUCUCUUUCCUCUACUUUUUCUUCCUCUUUAUCUUCCUCUUCUCCCUCCUAAUACCCACUCAUUCCCGUGGCCGUGCCCACCUCGUCCACCUUGUGGUCUGCCGGAUUAGCAGCCAGCUCGUACAAGGUCACCACUGGAUCUUUGGAAAGUGCUGUGAAUUCACCGCGGAGCUCAAUAUAGUGAAAAAUGCAUGGUUCUUCGUCCUCGUCAUCUUCGUCGUCUUCUCCAAAAACAGUCUCUACAAACAAUGUCAACAGACUUACCCCACUAAAUACAUGGCGAGGGACAUGGUGCUCGACAAAAUCGCCAUCACUGACGAUUUCCGUGGGAAGAUCUUCGACAUCGUUGUAUAA